AUGAAUAAGAAAAUGUUAAUUCUCCUGAACCUAAUUAAUUUGAAAAAAAUAAAUAAAAUAACAAUAAGGAUACAAACUUAAAAUAAACUAAAAGUAUAAUAUCAAUUGAUAAAAAUAAUAUCAUCGUAAUCAAUCAUUUGGAUAAUUUAAAUAUUGAAAAUUAGAAAGUAUAAUUACAAAAUUAUUGUAUUUGAUCAAAAUGAAAACUUUGAAGGAGUUGUUUAUAGUUGGUAUGAAAAUAGGUAUAAUAGACGUAAAACCAUUAAAGAUUGUUUAAUUGCUGAUUUUAGUUUGGAUCAAAAUUAUCUAAUUUAUAGUAAUUAAACCGCAGAUUUUUACUUGAUUGAUAUCUAAAUAACCAAUUAAUAUAAUAGUGAAACUAUAAAAGUGAAAUUUAAUAAUACUUCUUGCUAAACUUUUAAUUUUCUAAAAUUGAAUUCAGAAAAGUCAAUAUUAUUUUCAGGAAACAAGGAAUAGAUGUUCUUUUGGAAAUUUUGUAAGGAAGAAGAUCAGGCUUAAUUAUUGCUAAGAAUAUUGGAAAAUAACCAAAUGCUUCAGAUAUUUUGA